AGGUGAAGAAGCCCUCGGCGUCCUUCCGGCGCAGGGUUGGGAAGCCCCCUUUAUAUAUUAUGCACGUUCAUUGCAUCCGUCUCACCUCGAGACGGCGGCGAGAGGAGCUCGUGCUACAAGCCGGUCCGACCGGCUCCAGGAAGCGAUUUUGGCGAGGAGGAGUGUUUGAUUGGACGAUCCCGCCGGCUGAUCGGUGAACUGGUGAUGUCCUCGGUGGCGGCGGCGAUCGGAGGGGGCAGCAGCGGGAAGGGUAAAGCGGUCGCCGCGCCGGAGGCGAAGAUGAAGAUGGAAACGUCGGGGAAACCGAUCAUCAAGCAGAAAUCUGCGGCAGUGGUCGGAAAGCUCGAGGGAAAAACGGGAAUCAGUUCAACCAAAACUGUCACCAAAACAAUCAACAAGACGGUCAAAGGAAGAGCAGCGAAAAAAGUAUACUCUUUGCCUGGUCAGAAGUACGAUCCUCCUGAAGAGAGAGAACCUCUAAGAAUAUUCUAUGAAUCCCUAUCGGGGCAAAUUCCAUCAAGUGAAAUGGCAGAGAUUUGGAUGAUGGAACAUGGCUUGCUAUCUCCUGAAAGGGCAAAGAAAGCAUAUGAGAGAAAGCAAAGGAGGCAGCAACAACAGCGAUUGGGCACACCGAUCAAAUCCAACAAGCAGGAGAGACCUGAAAGCUCCAAGAAACCACAGGUAUCAAAGAAUGGAGAUGUUAAGGCAAAGAAAAGAGUUAACCAUAGUGAUGAUGAUGAUGAUGAUUUUAUUGUGAAAUCAAAGAAGGCAAAAUGACUAACGAUGAUAUGAUCUCAUCCUAUACGUAAUCCAAUUGUAGAGUGUAGCCUGUUCUGUAAUUUCAAUUGAUAAUGUCUGAAGUAGAUGAUCCAUCGUCGUAUUCGCCAUAAGUGGUGAACGGUAGAAACACAAGAAUUUAAGGGAAGCAGAGAGAAACAUUGUGAUUGAUUCAUUAUGUUUGCUUGUGUCACUAAAGAAAACUUGGACAUUGUUUGUAGACUCACUCAAAUUUAUCUUCAAUAAGAAUACACUUUUUUCUAUUUCAA